AUGCCUAUCAAUCAAGCCGCUUGGCUGACAGCUAAAAAGGCCAAGCCUUUGCAGGUUCGGUCAGCCCCAUACACUCCAGCAGGCCAGAAUGAGAUUGUGAUUCGGAAUAGAGCUGUAGCCAUCAACCCAGUCGACUGGUUCAAGCAAGAAACCGGCGACAUACUCUACGACUGGGUCAAGUACCCCUGCAUCCUCGGCAACGACGUCUCUGGCAAUAUAGUCGAAGUCGGCCCAGGUGCUCAGGACCGGUUCAGGAUCGGCGGCCGUGUUGUUGGCCACGCCGUGGGCCUCGACAAGCGGAGCAAUAAGUCAUCAGAAGGCGGUUUUCAAGAAUACGUUGUAUUGCGAGCCGACCUGACUUCCCAAAUUCCCGACUCAAUGACAUUUGAGGAGGCCUGUGUAAUACCUUUGGGUGCUUCGACUGCCGCCUGCGGUCUCUUCAUGAAGGACUUUGUCGGUCUUCAAUACCCAGACGUCUCCGCAAAAUCCACUGGGGAGACGUUUUUGGUCUGGGGCGGCUCGACGAGCGUAGGGUCCAACGCCAUUCAGCUUGCCGCUGGAGCUGGUUACGAAGUCCUUGUGACAGCAUCCCCGAAGAACUUUGACUAUGUCAAGUCUCUCGGUGCCGCCGAAGUUUUCGAUUAUCGCAGUCCGGCUGUUGUUCAAGACAUCAUCAAGGCAUUCCAGAAACGGAAGUCUGCUGGCGCAAUCGCGAUCGGGGCGGGGUCCCUGAACCCAUGUAUCAAUAUCGUGGCCGCUUGCAAGGGCCGCAAGUUUGUCGCGCAAGCCAGUGUCGCCGGACCUGGUAGACCGCCCACAAACGUCUCGGAAACUGUUUCGUUGCUGUGGGCAAUGGCUUCCGAGAGCGCAACCGCGACAUUCAAGUGCAAGACGAGCGGUGUGAGAACCAAGUUCAUCUGGGGAAGCGAUCUCAUGGCCAACGAGGUCGGUGCGGCGAUUUACCGAGACUUUCUACCUCAAGCACUGGCCCAGGGCAAGUUUAUCCCGGCUCCCAAGCCGUAUGUUGUUGGCAAGGGCUUGGAAUGCAUACAACAGGCAUUCGAAGUCAGCUACAAAGGAGUGUCGGCCAAGAAGAUUGUCGUGUCUUUGUGA